CACUCCCAACUGACCCUGUCCCUCGGCCGCAGGCUCAAGACCAUCGGGCUGGUCAUCCGGAGCACGCAGGGGGCUGAGGAGCUGCUCCGCAAGUACGAGGAGCAGCUCAAAGACGUGCAGGCGGUGCCGGCCGACCUGGCUGAGCUGGAGUCCAGCAAAGCCGAGCUUAAGCGUCUGCGGUCACAAGCCGAGGGCCACCAGCCUUUCUUCAGCACUCUGGAGACCGACCUGGGCAAAGCCAAGGACGUCAACGAGCGCAUGGUGCGCGGGCACAGCGAGCGCGACGUGGACCUGGAGCGCUACCGGGAGCGGGUGCAGCAGCUGCUGGAGCGUUGGCAAGCCGUGCUGAGCCAGGCUGACCUGCGCCAGCGCGAGCUGGACCAGCUGGGCCGGCAGCUGGGCUACUACCGGCAGAGCUGCGACGAGCUGCGGCGCUGGAUCGGCGACGCGCGGCAGCGGCAGGAGAGCAUCCAGGCCGUGCCCAUCACCGACAGCCGCGCCGUGCGCGAGCAGCUGCUGCAGGAGAAGAAACUGCUGGAGGAGUGCGAGCAGCACAAGGACAARGUGGAGGAGUGCCAGCGCUACGCCAAGCAGUACAUCGACGCCAUCAAGGACUACGAGCUGCAGUUGGUGAGCUUCAAGGCGCAGGUGGAGCCGAUGGCGUCGCCGGCCAAGAAACCCAAAGUGCAGUCGGCGUCCGACAGCAUCAUCCAGGAGUACGUGGACCUGCGGACGCAGUACAGCGAGCUGACCACGCUGACCACUCAGUACAUCAAGUUCAUCACCGAGACGCUGCGGCGGCUGGAGGAGGAGGAGAAAGCCGCCGAGAAGCUGAAGGAGGAGGAGAGGAAGCGGCUGGCGGAGGUGGAGGCGCAGCUGGAGAAGCAGCGGCAGCUGGCCGAGGCCCACGCCAAAGCCAAGGCGCAGGCGGAGGCGGAGGCGCGGGAGCUGCAGCUCCGCAUGCAGGAGGAGGUCACCCGGCGGGAGGUGGUGGCCGUAGACGCCGAGCAGCAGAARCAGAACAUCCAGCAGGAGCUGAUGCAGCUGCGGCAGAACUCGGACCACCAGAUCAUGUCCAAAGAGAAGCUGAUCGAGGAGGCCGAGUACAACCGCAAGAAGGUGGAGGAGGAGAUCCGCCUCAUCCGCCUGCAGCUGGAGAGCACCGAGAAGCAGCGGGAGGGYGCGGAGACGGAGCUGCAGGAGCUGCGGGCCCGCGCCGAGGAGGCCGAGCGGCAGAAGAAGCAAGCGCAAGAGGAGGCCGAGCGCCUGCGCCGGCAGGUGAAGGAGGAGAGCCAGAAGAAGCGGGAGGCGGAGGAGGAGCUGAAGCGCAAGGUGCAGGCCGAGCGCGAAGCGGCGCGCGAGAAGCAGAAGGCGGUGGCGGACCUGGAGCAGCUGCGGCUGCAGGCGGAGGAGGCCGAGCGGCGCAUGCGGCAGGCGGAGGCCGAGAAGGAGCGGCAGAUCCAGGUGGCCCAGGAGGUGGCCCAGCGCAGCGCCGAGACCGAGCUGCAGAGCAAGCGGCUCUCCUUCGCCGAGAAGACGGCGCAGCUGGAGCUGUCGCUGCAGCAGGAGCACGACGUGGUGGCCCAGCUGCAGGAGGAGGCCGAGCGGCUGAAGAGGCAGCAGCUGGAGGCCGAGCGCUUGCGGGAGGAGGCCGAGAAGGAGCUGGAGCGCUGGCGGCAGAAAGCCAACGAGGCGCUGCGCCUGCGGCUGCAGGCGGAGGAGGUGGCCCACAAGAAGUCGCUGGCGCAGGAGGAGGCCGAGAAGCAGAAGGAGGAUGCGGAGCGCGAGGCCCGCAAGCGCGCCAAGGCGGAGGAGGCGGCCCUGCGGCUGAAGGACCUGGCGGAGGAAGAGCUGGAAAAGCAGCGGGAGCUGGCGGAGGGCACGGCCCAACAGAAGCUGGCGGCGGAGCAGGAGCUGAUCCGGCUGAAGGCGGAGAUGGACAACGGCGAGCAGCAGCGCCUGCUCCUGGAGGAAGAGCUGGCRCGGCUGAAGGGGGAGGUAAACGAGGCCAUCCAGAGGAGGAAAGAGCUGGAAGAGGAGCUGGCCAAGCUGCGGGCAGAGAUGGAGGUCCUGCUGGAGAGCAAGGCCAAGACGGAGGAGGAGUCGCGCUCCACCAGCAAGAAGUCCAAGAAGCGGCUGGAGGCGGAGGCCAACAAGCUGCGGGAGCUGGCCGAGGAGGCCGCCCGCCUGCGUGCCCUCUCCGAGGAGGCCAAGCGGCAGCGGCAGCUGGCAGAGGACGAGGCCAGCCAGCAGCGGGCCGAGGCCGAGCGCAUCCUGAAGGAGAAGCUGGCGGCCAUCAACGAGGCCUCGCGGCUGAAGGCGGAGGCGGAGAUCAUGCUGAAGGAGAAGGAGGCAGAAAACGAGAGGCUGCGGCGGCUGGCGGAGGACGAGGCCUACCAGCGCAAGCUGCUGGAGGAGCAGGCRGCCCAGCACAAGCAGGACAUCGAGGAGAAGAUCGCCCUGCUGAAGCGCUCCUCSGAGAGCGAGCUGGAGCGGCAGAAGGGGCUGGUGGAGGACACGCUGCGGCAGCGGCGGCAGGUGGAGGAGGARAUCCGUUCCCUCAAGGCCAGCUUCGAGAAGGCCUCGGCCGGCAAGAGCGAGCUGGAGCGGGAGCUGAACCGCAUCCGCGGGGAGGCGGAGGAGGUGCAGCGCAGCCGGGAGCAGGCGGAGCGGGAGGCYGAGCGGCAGCGGGCGCUGGUGCUGGAGGAGGAGGGCCGGCGGCGCGAGGCCGAGGAGAAGGUGCAGGCCAUCCUGGCGGCCGAGGAGGAGGCCGGGCGGCAGCGGCGGCUGGCCCUGGAGGAGGUGGAGCGGCUUCGGGCCAUGGUGGAGGAGGCGCGGCGGCAGAAGGAGCUGGCGGAGAAGGAGUCCGAGCGGCAGAUCCAGCUGGCGCGGGAGGCGGCGCAGAAGCGGAUCGAGGCGGAGGAGAAGGCGCACCUCGCCGCCGUGCAGCAGAAGGAGCAGGAGCUGCUGCAGACCCGCCAGCAGGAGCAGAGCCUCCUGGACCGGCUCCGCGAAGAGGCCGAGCGGGCCCGGCGGGCGGCCGAGGAGGCCGAGUUCGCCCGUGGCAAGGCGGAGCAGGACGCCAGCCUGUCCCGGCAGCGCGUGGAGGAGGCCGAGCGGCUGAAGCAGCAGGCGGAGGAGGAGGCGCAGGCCAAGGCUCAGGCGCAGGCGGACGCGGAGAAGCUGCGGAAGGAGGCCGAGCUGGAGGCGGCGAAGCGGGCGCAGGCCGAGCAGGCGGCCCUGCGGCAGAAGCAGCUGGCCGACGCCGAGAUGAAGAAGCACAAGAAGUUCGCCGAGCAGACGCUGCGGCAGAAGGAGCAGGUGGAGAAGGAGCUGACCAAGGUGAAGCUGCAGCUGGACGAGACGGACCACCAGAAGGGCAUCCUGGACGAGGAGCUGCAGCGGCUGAAGGAGGAGGUGACGGACGCCGUCCGGCAGAAGGCCCAGGUGGAGGAGGAGCUCUUCAAGGUCCGGGUGCAGAUGGAGGAGCUGGCCAAGCUCAAGAGCCGCAUCGAGGAGGAGAACAAGGCGCUGAUCCUCAAGGACAAGGACAACACGCAGAAAUUCCUGGCGGAGGAGGCGGAGAAGAUGAAGCAGGUGGCGGAGGAGGUGGCCCGGCUGAGCGUGGAGGCGCAGGAGGCCGCCCGCAUGCGGCAGCUGGCCGAGGACGACCUGGCGCAGCAGCGGGCGCUGGCGGAGAAGAUGCUGAAGGAGAAGAUGCAGGCGGUGCAGGAGGCCACGCGGCUGCGGGCCGAGGCCGAGGUGCUGCAGAAGCAGAAGGAUCUGGCGCAGGAGCACGCCAAGAAGCUGCAGGAGGACAAGGAGCAGAUGCAGCAGCGCCUGGCCGAGGAGACCGAGGGCUUCCAGAAGACGCUGGAGGCCGAGCGCCGCAGGCAGCUGGACAUCACGGCGGAGGCGGAGCGCCUCAAGCUGCAAGUGGCGGAGAUGAGCAAUGCCCAGGCCAAGGCCGAGGAGGAAGCCAAGCGGUUCAAGAAGCAGGCCGAGGAGAUCAGCGAGAGGCUGCACGAGACSGAGCUGGCCACGCAGGAGAAGAUGGCGAUGGUGCAAACCCUGGAGAUCCAGCGGCACCAGAGCGACGAGGACGCGGAAAAGCUGCGGAAGGCCAUCGCCGAGCUGGAGAAGGAGAAGGAGAAGCUGAAGCAGGAGGCGGCGCUGCUGCAGCAGAAGGCAGAGGAGAUGCAGGUGGCCCAGCAGGCUCAGCUCCGUCAGGAGACGCAGCUUCUUCAGCAGAGCUUCCUGACAGAGAAGGAUGCCCUGCUGCAGAAGGAGAAGCUCAUCGAGGAGGAGAAAUCGAAGCUGGAGAAGCUCUUUAAAGAYGAGGUGAACAAAGCCCAGAACCUGAAGGCAGAGCAGGAGCGGCAGCAGCAGGAGAUGGAGCAGGAGAAGCAGCAGUUGAAAGCCAUGUUAGACGAAGCCAAAAAGCACCAGAAAGAAGCUGAGGAAAACGUGCGGCACAAGCAGGAGGAGCUGCAGCAGCUGGAGAGGCAGCGACAGCAGCAGGAGAAACUUCUGGAAGAAGAGAACAUGAAGCUGAGGGAGAGGCUGGAGCAGAUGCAGGAGGAGUACAAGACCGCCCUGGCCCAGAGACGUGAGAUCAUGAUCCAGACGGACGACCUGCCCGGGGAGGCCUCGGUUACCACGACGCAGCUGCUGGACGUCAAGGCUGUCCCCAAUGGCCGGGACGCAGUGGACGGCUUAGCCCAGAACGGAGAGCCCGAGUUCACCUUCGACGGCAUCCGGCAGAAGGUGUCGGCGGAGAAGCUGGCUGACGCCGGCAUUCUGAGCAGGGAGAGCUUGGACAAGUUGGCGAAGGGUGUGGUGAGCGUGGGUGAGCUCUCUCAGAGGGAGGACAUCAAGAAAUACCUGCAGGGCAAGAGCAGCAUCGCCGGGYUGCUGAUCAAACCCUCCAACCAGAAGAUGAGCAUCUACGAAGCCAUGAAGAAGAAGCUGCUCAGCCCAGGCACGGCGCUGGUGCUSCUGGAGGCACAGGCCGCCUCCGGCUUCAUCAUCGACCCCGUGCGGAACGCGAGGCUCUCGGUGAACGAGGCGGUGCGAGAGGGGGUGAUCGGGCCCGAGCUGCACAACAAGAUGCUGUCGGCCGAGCGCGCUGUCACCGGCUACAAGGACCCCUACACGGGCGACAAGAUCUCGCUGUUCCAGGCCAUGCAGAAGGAGCUGAUCGUCAGGGAUCACGGCAUCCGCCUGCUCGAGGCCCAGAUCGCCACCGGCGGCAUCAUCGACCCCGUCAACAGCCACCGCCUGCCUGUGGAAGCAGCCUACGAGCGCGGCUACUUYGAUGAGGAGAUGAAUCAGGUCCUGUCCGACCCCACCGACGACACCAAGGGCUUCUUCGACCCCAACACUCAGGAGAACCUGACCUACCUGCAGCUGAUGGAGCGGUGCGUGACUGACCCCGAGACGGGGCUGUGCCUCCUGCCGCUCACUGACCAAGCGGCCAAAGCUCGAGAGCUGGUCUACACCGACAARGAAGCCAAGGAUGUCUUCAAGAAGGCCACAGUGACGGCUCCGUUCGGCAAAUUCCAAGGGAAGACGAUGACCAUCUGGGAACUCAUCAACUCGGAAUACUUCACCGAGGACCAAAGGCGGGAUUUGAUCCAGCAGUACCGCACCGGCAAGAUCACGGUGGAGAAGAUCAUCAAGAUCGUCAUCACGGUUGUGGAGGAAAGCGAGAGAAAGAGCCAGAUGUGCUUCGAGGGUCUGCGGGGCCCCGUGCCCGCUGCCGAGCUGCUGGAGAGCAAGAUCAUCAACAAGGACCUCUACAACCAGCUGCACCAGGGCAAGAAGUCCGUGAAGGACGUGGCGGAGAUGGAGUCCGUGCGGCAGUACCUGAAGGGCACGGACGCCAUYGCCGGCGUCCUGGUGGAGUCGACGGGCCAGAAGUUCACCUUCUACGAGGCCCUGAAGAGGAACCUGCUGAAUCCAGAGGUUGCCCUGUCCCUGCUGGAGGCGCAAGCUGCCACCGGCUACAUCAUCGAGCCGGUGGGCAACAAGCUCUUCUCUGUGGAUGAGGCGGUGAAGGCCGAGGUGGUGGGGCCGGAGUUCCACGAGAAGCUGCUGUCGGCGGAGAAGGCGGUGACCGGCUACAAGGACCCCUACACAGGUCAGACGGUUUCCCUCUACCAAGCGCUCCAGAAGGGCCUCAUCCCCAGUGACACCGGGCUGCGGCUGCUGGACGUCCAGCUCGCCACCGGCGGCAUCAUCGACCCCGUCAACAGCCACCGUCUCCCGCUCGAGGUCGCCUACAAGCGCGGCUACCUGGACCCGGAGAUAAACAAGGCUCUGGCCGAGCUCCGAGACGACUCCAAGGCUUUCUACUGUCCCAACACCCAGCAGCACCUCAGCUACGCCCAGCUGCAGAAGAGCUGCCACCGUGACAAGCAGACCGGCCUGUGCCUGCUGCCCCUGUCCGACGAGGCCAUCCAGUCACAGCAGGAGGAGGUCUACACCGACAGCCAGGCCAAAGAGUGUUUCGACAAAACMACCAUCGAGGUCCCAGUGGGCAGCAUGAAGGGCCGGACGAUGACCAUCUGGGAGCUGAUCCACUCCGAAUACUUCACAGAGGAGCACAGGCGGGAGCUGCUGCGACAGUACAAGACGGGCAAAGUGACGAUCGAGAAGAUCAUCAAGAUCGUGAUCACCAUCAUCGAGGAGGCGGAGACCAAAAAGCAGGAGAAGCUGACCUUCAGUGGUCUGCGGGCACCGGUGCCGGCCAGCGAGCUGCUGGAGUCCUGUAUCAUCAGUAAAGCCCAAUAUGAGCAGCUGAAGCAAGGCAAGAAAUCGGUGAAGGACCUCUCCGAGACAGACGCGGUCAGGAGGUUCCUGCACGGCAGUGACUGCAUCGCCGGCGUUUACGUGGAGGCCACCAAGGAGAAGCUGAACAUCUACGAGGCCAUGAAGAGGAACCUGCUGAGGCCCAGCACUGCCGUGGUCCUCCUGGAAGCCCAGGCAGCCACCGGGUUCUUGAUCGACCCCGUGAAGAACCGUAAGCUGUACGUCAACGAGGCGGUGAAGGCUGGCGUGGUCGGGCCCGAGCUGCACGAGAAGCUGCUGUCGGCCGAGAAAGCCGUCACGGGGUACAAGGAUCCCUACUCGGGGGAUACCAUCUCCCUCUUCCARGCCAUGAAGAAAGGGCUCAUUGUCAAGGAGCACGGCAUCCGCCUGCUCGAGGCACAGGUCGCCACCGGCGGCAUCAUCGACCCCGUGCACAGCCACCGCUUGCCCGUGGAGGUGGCCUACAAACGCGGCUACUUCGACCAAGAGAUGAACCAGACCCUCUCGGACCCCAGCGACGACACCAAGGGCUUCUUCGACCCCAACACUCAGGARAACCUCACCUACGUGCAGCUGAAGGAGAGGUGCAUCGAGGAUCCCGAGACGGGGCUGUACCUUCUGCCUCUGCGGGAGCCCGAGAAGCCCAAAGUGGUGGARACCACCCACAUGUACACCGAAGCGGAGACGCGGAAGGUGUUCGAGGAGACGCAGGUGGACAUCCCCGUGGGCAGCCGGGCUGGCUCCUCCAUGUCCCUGUGGGAGAUCAUGCACUCGGACCUGCUGCCCGAGGAGCAGCGCAAACAUCUCAUGGAGGAGUUCCAGUCGGGCCGCGUGUCCAAGGAGCGCAUGAUCAUCAUUAUCAUCGAGAUCAUCGAGAAGACCGAGAUCAUCCGGCAGCAGAAUCUCACAUCCUACGACUACGUCCGGCGCCGCAUCACGGCCGAGGACCUCUACGAGGCCAAGAUUAUCUCCCAGGACAUCUACAACCUGCUGAAGCAGGGCUCCAAAACCUUCCGGGAGCUCCUGGAGGUGGAGAUGGUCUGGAAGUACCUUUACGGCUCGGGCUGCGUGGCCGGCAUCUAYGUCCCCUCGUCCAAGCAGACGCUCAGCGUGUACCAGGCGCUGAAGAAGGGGCUGAUCAACGCCGAGGUGGCCCGCUCCCUCCUGGAGGCCCAGGCAGCCACCGGCUUCAUGAUCGACCCCACCAAGAAUGAAAUGCUGACCGUUGACGAGGCGGUCAGGAAGGGCGUGGUGGGGCCAGAGAUCCACGACCGGCUCCUGUCYGCGGAGAGGGCCGUGACCGGCUACAGAGACCCGUACAGCGAGCAGAAGAUUUCCCUCUUCCAGGCCAUGAAGAAGGAUCUCAUCCCCAGCGAAGAGGCCCUCAAGCUCCUGGACGCCCAGAUCGCCACCGGUGGCAUCAUUGACCCUCACCUGGGUUUCCACCUGCCCCUGGAGGUGGCCUACCAGCGGGGCUUCAUCAACAAGGAGACGUACGACAUGCUGUCGGAGCCCAGCGAGGUGCGCAGCUACGUGGACCCCUCCACGGAUGAGAAGCUCAGCUACACKCAGCUGCUGAAACGGUGCCGGAAAGAUGAGAAUUCCCGGCUCCUCCUGCUCCCGCUCUGCGACACGCGGAAGCUCACCUUCCGGGGGCUGCGGAAGCAGAUCACCGUGGAGGAGCUGGUCCGCUCGCAGGUGAUGGAUGAGGCCACGGCCCAGCGCCUCCAGGAGGGUCUCACCUCUGUCGAGGAGGUUUCUAAGAACCUAAAGAAGUUCCUGGAGGGCACCAGCUGCAUCGCCGGCGUCUUUGUGGACUCCACCAAGGAGCGUCUCUCUGUCUACCAAGCCAUGAAGAAAGGGAUCAUCCGGCCCGGCACCGCCUUCGAGCUCCUGGAGGCGCAGGCGGCCACGGGCUACGUCAUCGACCCCAUCAAGGGCCUCAAGCUGACGGUGGAGGARGCCGUGCGGAUGGGCAUUGUGGGCCCCGAGUUCAAGGACAAGCUGCUCUCCGCCGAGAGGGCCGUCACCGGCUACCGGGACCCCUACACCGGGAAGCUCAUCUCCCUCUUCCAGGCCAUGAAGAAGGGUCUGAUCCUGAAGGACCACGGGAUCCGCUUGCUGGAGGCUCAGAUCGCYACGGGAGGCAUCAUCGACCCCGAGGAGAGCCACCGGCUGCCCGUGGAGGUGGCCUACAAGAGGGGCCUCUUCGACGAGGAGAUGAACGARAUCCUGCUGGACCCCAGCGACGACACCAAGGGCUUCUUUGACCCCAACACGGAGGAGAACCUCACUUACCUGCAGCUGAUGGAGCGGUGCAUCACAGACCCAGAGACUGGCCUCUGCCUCCUGCCUCUGAAGGAGAAGAAGCGGGAGAGGAAGACCUCGUCCAAGUCCUCCGUCCGCAAGCGCCGGGUGGUGAUCGUUGACCCCGAGACYGGCAAGGAGAUGUCGGUGUACGAAGCCUAUCGCAAGGGCCUCAUUGACCACCAGACCUACCUGGAGCUGUCGGAGCAGGAGUGCGAGUGGGAGGAGAUCACCACCUCCUCCUCCGACGGCGUGGUGAAGUCGAUGAUCAUUGACAGGCGCUCGGGACGCCAGUACGACAUCGAUGAUGCCAUCAGCAAGGGCCUGAUCGACCAAUCAGCCCUGGACCAGUACCGCUCGGGCACCCUCUCCAUCACCGAGUUUGCCGACAUGCUCUCCGGCAACAUGGGUGGCUUCCGGUCGCGGUCGUCCUCGGUGGGAUCCUCCUCCUCCUACACCGUCAGCCCAGCCCUGUCGCGGACCCAGAUCUCCAUGUGGACUGACCCGACCGAGGAGACCGGGCCAGUGGCCGGCAUCUUGGACACGGACACUCUGGAGAAGGUGUCCAUCACGGAGGCCAUGCGCCGCAACCUGGUGGACAACAUCACGGGGCAGCGGCUGYUGGAAGCCCAGGCCUGCACCGGGGGCAUCAUUGACCCCAACACCGGUGACAAGUGCACCGUCGCCGAGGCGGUCAACAAGGGCCUGGUUGACAAGAUCAUGGUGGACCGCAUCAAUCUGGCGCAGAAGGCCUUCUACGGCUUCGAGGACCCGCGGACCAAGACCAAGAUGUCGGCGGCGCAGGCUCUGAAGAAGGGCUGGCUGUACUACGAGGCCGGGCAGCGGUUCCUGGAGGUGCAGUACCUGACGGGGGGUCUGAUCGAGCCGGAAGCCCCGGGCCGCGUGUCCCUGGAUGAAGCGCUGCAGAAGGGCACCAUCGACGCGCGGACCGCCCAGAAGCUGCGGGACGUCAACACCUAUUCCAAGUACCUCACCUGCCCCAAGACCAAGCUCAAGAUCUCCUACAAGGACGCCAUGGACCGGAGCAUGAUCGAGGACGGGACCGGCUUGCGGCUGCUGGAGGCUUCCUCCCAGUCCAGCAAGGGCUACUACAGCCCCUACAACAUCAGCAGCGCCGGCUCCACCUCCGGAUCCCGCUCGGGCUCUCGCACYGGCUCCCGCUCAGGCUCCCGGCGCGGCAGUUUCGACGCCACCGGCUCCGGCUUCUCCAUGACCUUCUCUUCCUCCUCCUACUCCUCCUCGAGUUUCGGGCGCAGAUACGCGGGGGAUACCCAGGGCGCCACGGAGGUGGCCGCCUUUGCCCUCGCCAUGGCCGCAUCCGGGUGGGAGGCGAGCGGGGAGCGCCCCGUGGCUCGUGGGCCCCYGAUCUACGUGGCCUGAGAGCUGCCAGCACCCCGAGGCGCCGCCUCACCCGCUCCGCAUGUGGCAACGCUGCUGGCUAAUCACUAGUAUUUUUUUUUUUUUUUUAAUUUUGAACCUCCACUCUUCUCCCAAAGCAGUGCCUCAAGUUUAACCAAAAAAAAAAAGACGAGACUAAUAAAUUAAUAUAUGCGAAUGUGCUGACA